AAUUUGACUGCGUGUGAACAGGGGCGAAAUGAACGUAAAGGCAACACACAAUGAUUUGCUCGUUUGUUUCAGUUAACGAUUUUAUUCAUUUCCACCGACCAAAGAGCUCAAGGAGUUAUACUGAACCAAAUGGCUCGCGUUGUUUGUUAGCAAGCGAAUUGUGAGCAGCAAAUCAUUGUUCCUCGAUAGCUGUUGAGCUAGCCAGUCUGCUAACGUUUCGCAUUUGUGUUAGCUCCAGACAGAAGCAAUGCCCAGGUAACUGUCAUCAAUGCAUUCGACACCUAGCGUUGUGUGACACUGUCAGUCUCCCCACCAUGAAACUGGUUCGCCUCCUGUGUCGUCACAAGACUGCUCUGGCAAUUGCAGGAGUCUGCCUAUUUGCUGUAGUCGUCCUCUUCCUCGCCAAGUGUACCUCCGAGACCCUGAAACAGGGCCAGGUUGACCCUCCAGGCCUAGCACCCCACGCUGCCCACUCCCGGCCCAGAGCAGAGCACCCAAAGCCCCCCUCACGCCCCAAAGACCUCUCAGCCUUCCUUGUGGUCCUCAUCACCACAGGACCCAAGUACACAGAGCGGCGGAGCAUUAUCCGCAGCACAUGGCUGACUAAGAAGGACCCGGAGGUUCUAGCUAUGUUUGUGGUGGGAACAGAGGGUCUACCGGCCGAGGAUAUGCAGAGCCUCAACACAGAGCAGGGCCGACACAAAGACCUGCUCUUACUCCCCGAGCUGCGGGACUCGUAUGAGAACCUGACCCUGAAGCUGCUGCACAUGUACUCCUGGCUGGAUCACAAUGUAGACUUUAAGUUUGUUUUAAAAGCAGAUGACGACACCUUCGCUCGCCUGGACCUGCUAAAGGAGGAGCUGAAGACUAAAGAACCCAGCCGGCUGUACUGGGGGUUCUUCUCAGGCUGCGGUCGUGUCAAAACUGCAGAGAAGUGGAUGGAGUCUGCUUGGGAGCUGUGUGAUUACUACCUACCCUACGCCCUGGGUGGAGGCUAUCUGCUCUCCUGCGACCUAAUCCACUACGUGCGCAUCAACGCUGCCUUCCUCAAGGUGUGGCAGAGCGAGGACGUGUCGCUCGGGGCUUGGCUGGCCCCCGUGGACGUCAAACGGACGCAUGACCCACGCUUCGACACGGAGUUCAAGUCAAGGGGCUGUAGUAAUAAGUACCUGGUGACCCACAAGCAGAGCCUGGAGGAUAUGUUAGAGAAACAGCAGACACUGCAGAGAGAUGGGAGGUUGUGUAAAGAAGAGGUUAAACUCAGACUGAGUUAUGUAUACGACUGGAGCGUCCCGCCAUCCCAGUGCUGCCAGAGGAAGGAUGGAGUACCCUGAUAACCCCUGACCCUGUCCAUCCUCACCAAUGUUUCCCCAGGCAGUAUGGUGUUCUCCCUCAGCCUUGCUCUGCCGUCGUCCCCCACCUCCCCUCUUGUUCUGUUGCCCCUCAACUAAAACAUUUGUUGCCUUCAGUUGACAUCCAUAGAAGGUGUCUGUUAUGGCAGCCCGCCUAUGAAAAUACCUGAGGAAAACACUGUUCCCUUUUUAUAUGUUUACUUGUUUAUUUAUUCUGGAGUCCUCACGGACUAAACUGAAGCAAACUGGUACCACAGAAUAGGACAGGAGUCUAUGUAUUUAUUAAUAACAGCAUGUUGGGAGUGAGUGUACUUAAAGGAACUGCUAUUCAGCUUACUGGUAGGACAAUAAAGAGACCCAAGAUGGUUUAUUUUUUACAUAUCCAUAAUCAACGUUUCAGUGAAAGUGCUGAUUUUAUCCAUUUUUAGCUAAUUUUCCACCGCAGUCCCUGGGCAGGUUAUUCAAAACAAUAACAAUACAGACAAUCAUUGAGCAGUAAACACACGCAGAGCAACACGUAGCAUGCAGACAGAGCAAUAGCACAAAAAGCAACAAAAUACAUAAUAGCAACAAAGUGUUUUCACACCUCAAAAGCUACAAAUAACAUGGAAAGCAGCCAUACACAGCUAGUGAUUAUGUUCACAAGUGUGAUUGGCCUUGAGCAAUGUCUUCAUGUUUUUUGUGAAGUUGCGAUAGGUGCAGUUGUGUGUGUCUGAUUGCAGUGUAUUCCAGACAUGGGAAGCUCUCACAGAAAAAGCAGAUUGACGAAAGGUGUUUUUCCUUCAACUGUAGUCACCUCUCAUGGGUUUGGGUUUUCUGAAUGAACAAAAGUCCUGAGUGGAGGGGGAGCCAGGCCAUUUAGGAUCUUGAAUACAAGACGUGUCGUUGUAUUGCACAAGAUUUUUCCAACUCAGGAGCUCAUGCUUUCUGAGGAUGUGACAGUGAUGAUGGCAAUUGGGCUUCCUAUGAAGCACUUUGAGAGGCUGUUUGUAGAUAGACAAUGGGUUUUAAUGUUGUACAGCAAGCUUGGGCCCAACUAGUCAAGCAGUAUGUUAAGUGGGGGAGUAUCAUAGCACAGUUUUGCUACCUCAGUAGUCACAAUUUCAUAUGAAUUGGAAAAUAGCUAGGUUGAGUUACCUUUUUCACCUGCUUUUUAAAUGAGAUUUUGGAAUCAAGUAUGAUGCCAAUGUACUUAAAAUCGGACACCACUUGGAGCUUCUCCCGACACAGACAUCUGGUUCAGUAGCAUCAGUUGCCCUCUUUGUGAAGAACAUGCAGACUGUUUUUUUUCUUCACAUUGAGAUGCAAACAUGAGUCACUGAGCCACUUUGUAACCUGGACCAUUACAGUAGUGAGUUCUUGUGCAGCUUGUUGUUUGCAGGCACAUAUCACUAUAUCAUCUGCAUACAUUUGAACUUCAGACCAAGUACAGACAGAAGGCAGAUCAUUAAUGUACAGGCUGAAUAGGAGGAGCCCCAGUAUCGAACCUUGGGGCAUGCCCACAUCAUAAUGUGGGCGACAGCUCAUUGCUAACUGACUGACACACUUCGUUCUGUCUUCAAGGUAUACUUUCAUCCACCUCAUUCUUGUCUAUAUUUACAAAUUCCUGGGUCUGUCUGAGUGAAAGUGGACCUAUUGGUGAAUGUGAUGAAAGUGAUUAUCUUGAUAUGAAUAUGGUGCUUAUUACCUAUUGAUGAGGAACAAUGGCCCAGAAUUAUACAUUCAGAGCUUGAUGGUGUUUGGAGUUGUAUUGAUGUUAAAAAUGUAUAAUGUUGGCCUCUCUCUCCCCUGAUUAUUGAGAGCCUGUUCUGUUCUGCUGGGAAAUUUAACCCACCUGCUGUCUGUGUUUGGUAGACGUAUUUGCAAAGCCAAGUGAUGCCCAACAGAGCUGUGUGUGUUUUCAGCUGAGCUUCUGUAUUGGCAAUUUUCCAGCUGGCAUUUGGUUACUUUUCAACAAACGAAAAAAUAACUGCUUCCAUUAAAGAUGUUGAAAGAAAUUGUAUGACUGUCCUCUCCUCAUCGUUUGUUUAAAACAUUUUGACCUAUUGAGCAUUUCAUUAAAAUGCUUUUGAAAAGUGUAUUUUUGUAAUAAAAUCUUUAUUAAGCAGUUAUUUGUUGGAAUAAAAUGCCAUCUACCUUUGUUACUAAGACAAAAGCCAGCAGACUUAGAGCUGUUUUGGCACAGUUUUCCAGAACUGAGAUGGUACUCAUAUCAAUAUGUAUACACCUAUACUUAUUGGUACUGUAUAUCUGUAAUUUAGGAAUAAAUAGUAUUAUUCUACUACUGUAAGCUAUAUAACAACAUUGUCUCAGCGGGCCUAAUAUGACAGUUAAAUCUGGUCUCCCAUUAUAACCUGGUCGUGUUGACUGUUAACUGUUUCCACCAUCUGUGACUGAGCAUCAGCUCGCACUGGUGGUCACGGUGUAGGGGAAAUUCCAGGACGGGAUUGGUCGGAUUCCAGGAUGGAUGAGGUCAUGGAUAAUGUCAUCGUGGCCCUUGACAGACAGAGACGAUUAAAUGGGCCUUUUCGACAGACGUAGCUCCCUGACAGAGGAAGAGGAGAUUGUUACAUUUUUUAUAGGGCUGUCAAACGAUAAAUGCAAUCGGAUUAAUCGCAGGAUUUGCUGUUAUUAAUCCCGAUUUAUUGCAAAUUCAGAAUUUGCUUAAAAGUAAGCUGUAAUUUAAGAUUGAAAAUCAUUGCAAUCAUUUGUCUUGAUUUGAUCCAAAAUCAGGUAAAUUGAUAAAGCACACUUUAUUUAACCUCAACGUCAACUGUUUUUAGCUCUAAAUGAUGUUUAGUGUAUUUCAAAUGCUUUCAGACAAUACGAUUAUUCACGGCAAAAAAAUAUGUUGCACUAAAAUUACAUAAAAGGUUAACUCAAGUUGAUUGGUUAACUCUGACUGCCCUAUUUUUUUGUUAACCAUAAUUGCCUUAGUAUUUACUGAAGAUUACAAAGUAAAUGGUUAUUAUGUAGUAAUUGCUGGGGAAAGGAAUAGGACACAUCAUUGAGGUAUUGUACGAGUCAUCUUUAAGGUAAUAAAUGAUUGUUUUCCAUUACUAUGCUCUUUGGCAAUGAAAUGUUAUUGCCAACAAAAUGCACAAUAAAGAACUCACCUCUCCUGUG